CGCUGCAACAGUUUUCAACUCGGCAAACAUGUCGACGCAUAUACUCUGAGGAAACUGACGAGGAAGACGAGGCCUCACUUCUGCCGCCAGGAUGAAGGGCUACGCCGAGUCCAUCCGGUUUCUGGGCCAGUGGGGUCGCUUUCAGCGGGUCAUCUUCUUCCUCCUCUGCAUCACCAUCAUCCCGAACGGGUUCGGCGCCUUCACCCUCGUCUUCCUCGCGGACACCCCGGAGCACCGGUGCCGAAUCCCGGAGGUCAACCUCACGGACGAGUGGAGAGGCGCGAUCAUCCCCGAGCUGGUCGGGGAAGGGACCCCGAAGCGCAGCAGCUGCAGCAGAUAUCGACUGGACGUGGUCAGGAACCUGUCUGCGCAGGGCCUCGGGCCGGGCGACGUGAACCUCACUUCCCUGGAGCAGGAGAGGUGCAAAGAUGGCUUCUUCUACAGCACCGAUAUCUACACGUCCACCAUCGUGUCGGAGUUUGACUUGGUGUGCGAGAACAAGUGGAAGCAGCCGCUGACAAACACCGUGUUUUUCCUCGGAAUUCUGGUUGGAUCCUUUUUCUCCGGACAGUUGUCGGACAGGUUUGGAAGGAAGCCUGUUCUCUUUGCAACUGUGGCGCUUCAGACCAUCUCCACGUUCCUUAAAAUCUUCUCGGUGUCGUGGGCCAUGUUCACUGUGGUGCUCUUCAUCAACGGGCUGGGACAGAUGUCCAACUACGUCUCUGCUUUGGUCCUCGGGUCGGAGAUCCUGACCGGCAACGUGCGCAUCCUGUACUCGUCUCUGGGCACGUGUUUCGGGUUUGCCCUGGGAUAUAUACUGCUGCCUCUGGUCGCGUACUUCAUGCGAAGCUGGAAGUCCCUUCUCAUUGCUCUGACCAUUCCUGGCCUCUUCUUAUUCCCCCUCUGGUGGUUCAUCCCGGAGUCUCCCCGCUACCUCCUCUCUCAGGGGAAGGUGGAGGAAGCCGAGGCCAUCAUGAGGAAAGCAGCACGGUGGAACAACGUGAGCGCCCCCGGCGUCAUCUUCACCGACUACACGGUCAGCCAGACGAAGGAGGCGCAGCUGCAGGAGCAGUUCCGGGCCGUGGACCUGUUCAGACACAGAGCCUUCAGACUCACAAGCAGUCUUCUCUUCCUGGUGGCGUUCACGCUCAUCGCCACGUAUUUCGGCCUGUGCUUCAACACCGCCAACCUCCACGCCGACCCGUACAUCAGCUGCUUGAUAUCGGCCGUCGUGGAAAUCCCAGCCUACAUCAUGGCCUGGUUGGGAUUGUUUUAUCUUCCCAGGCAGCUCUCUGUGAUCGGCUCCUUGGUGCUCGGAGCGUUGCCGCUCUUCUUCAUCCAGCUGGUUCCCGAAGAGUGGCCUGCGGUGGCCAUCACCCUGGAGAUGGUGGGAAAGCUGUUCAUCACGGCUGGCACCUCCCUGUUGUUCUCCUACUCAGCAGAGCUUUACCCCACCUCCCUCAGGAACACGGCCACCGGAGUGUGCAACUCUGUGGCCCGGCUGGGCAGUUGCAUCACGCCAUUUCUGUUCGAAUUAAGACACGUCGAUAAGUUCUUGCCCUACAUUAUUUUGGGGACUCUGUCCAUGGUGUCUGCGGCGGCCACGCUCUUCCUCCCUGAGACUUACGGGAGGCCGCUGCCGGACACGGUGGAGCAGAUGGCGCGAAGGAAAAGCAUCAACUUCCCCUGCAGACGCACAAAAACACACCGGUCCCACGCCCCCCCGAACUGGACCACGGCGGCUUGAGAAAAAAAUAUAGAAACGGUAUCAGAAGUGGGAUUGUUCAGUUGAGUUCCACUGUUGGUUGAGGGGGCCAUAUUUCUGCCAAACUGCAAUUGCAUUUUUACAUUAAAAGCUAUUUUCCGCUGGAUUCCUUCCUUCCC